UCUCUACAAUAAAACAGUGGAUAAGGACUGCAUUUUCUACUGGACUGAAAAGUGAUCAUCUGAAGGAGAUAUUCUACUCUGAAAGCAGCAGAGAUGAAAUCCCAGCACUCACAAAACUACAAGGCAAUCAGAUGGCAAGUAACAUUUUUUUUCUUACUCUCAUGGCUUUGUCAGUCAGUUUCAGGCCAGAUUCAUUAUUCUAUUGCUGAAGAACUGAGAAAAGAUUCUGUUAUAGCAAACCUUGCAAACGAUCUUGGAUUAGAUAUUAAGGAUCUCUCCUCACGAAGAUUUCGCAUUGAAUCAAAUGUAUCCCAGAAAUAUUUCUUUGUGCAUUUAGAAAAUGGAAAUUUAUAUGUUAAAGACAGGAUAGAUAGAGAGACGCUUUGUAGGGCAACACCUACCUGUUUAAUAACCUUUGAUGCAGUGAUCGAAAAUCCCUUCAAUAUUUUCAGUGUCAAUAUAGAAAUUCGUGAUAUAAAUGAUAAUCCUCCAAAAUUCUUUUAUGACACUAUCACUUUAGAGAUGAUUGAACUUACUAUACCAGGGACACGGUUUGCUUUGCAAACUGCAGAAGAUCCAGAUAUUGGCAUUAAUUCUGUGCAAACAUACAAGCUCAGUGACAAUCAGUAUUUUACAUUACAUGAAAAGGCCAGAGCUGAUGGGAGCAAAAUUCCAGAACUUGUGCUAGAGAAAUAUCUAGAUCGCGAGACACAAAAUCUGCACAAAUUAUUCUUAACAGCUUUUGAUGGAGGAAACCCUGUAAGAUCUGGAUCUGCUCUAAUUAGGAUUAUCAUUAGUGAUGCAAAUGAUAAUAUACCUGUAUUUACUAAAGAGGUUUAUAAAGUGAGAAUAAGUGAAAAUUCUCCAAUUAACUCUACAGUAAUUCGUGUAAAUGCAACUGACAAAGACGAAGGUCUAAAUGCUCAAAUUACAUAUUCUUUUAGCAAAACAUCAGACAAUCAGCUUUACACAAGUAUCUUUGAUAUUAAUCCAACAAAUGGUGAAAUUAGAACUACAAGUGGAUUAGAUUUUGAAACAGUACAAAAUUACGAAAUAUCAGUAGAAGCAAUGGAUGGAGGUGGCUUUGUGGCCCAUUCCAAGGUAUUAGUAGAAAUUACAGAUGAAAAUGAUAAUGCUCCUGAGAUAUCCAUUGCCUCAUUAUCUGCUACUAUUCCUGAGGAUUCUCCAACUGGAACUCUCAUAGCACUGAUUAAAGUUCAUGAUCAGGACUCAGAAGACAAUGGAGAAGUUGACUGUCAGAUAAUGGGGACAGUACCUUUUCAGUUAGUUUUAUCCUCAAGCACGUAUUACAAAAUAAUUACCACAAGUUUCUUGGACAGAGAGAAUACAUCACAAUAUAACAUAACCAUUCUUUCUACUGACAGGGGAUCUCCUAAACGUUCCACAGUAAAACACAUUAGGUUGAAUAUAUCAGAUGUUAAUGAUAAUCCACCAAUCUUUAAAAAAUCAACAUAUGUUGCAUAUUUAAGUGAGAACAAUUUACCUGGAUCCUCAAUAUACAGAAUAAAUGCAUAUGACCCUGAUACUGGAGACAAUGCCAAGAUUAUAUAUUCAAUAGCCGGCACACAUAUAAAGGAUAUUGCCAUAUCUUCUUAUUUUUCUAUUAACAUAGAGACUGGAGUUCUCUAUGCUCAGCGAUCAUUUGACUAUGAACACGACAAGGAAUUUCAAAUUGGAAUAACAGCUAGAGACCAUGGAUCACCAUCUUUAAGUAGCAAUACAACCUUAGUUAUCCAUAUAAUAGAUCAGAAUGAUAAUGCACCUAAAAUCUUAUAUCCUUCAGCUGAAAGCAGUAGCUCAUCAUUAUUUGAGAUGGUCCCUUUAGCCUCUGAGCAGGGGACUUUGAUAACUAAAGUGGUUGCAGUGGAUGCAGAUUCUGGACAUAACUCAUGGCUUUCUUAUCAUUUAAUACAAACUCUGGAAACCUCUCCCUUUAGCAUUAAUCAGCACAAAGGAGAAAUCAGAACCACUCGCAUCAUUCAAGAAAAAGAUGAUAUGAAGCAUAAGGUGGUGGUUCUGGUAAAAGACAAUGGUGACCCUUCUCUCUCAGCAACAGUCACCUUAAGCCUUAUCGUGGCAGAUCAUUUUCAGCAUGUGGUCCCCAAACUUAUUAAUCAGUUCACUAAUGAGGAACCACAAUCUAAUUUACACAUUUACUUGAUCAUUGCAGUUGCACUGAUAUCCCUAUUAUUUAUCAUAGCAGUUGUGUUGGUCAUUAUAUCAAAAUGUAAGGACUCAAAACUUCCACCAACUCUUGCACCUCUAAAUACAAGUCUGUAUUCUCACGUUGAUCCCAGAAUGCUGUCCAAGUUUAAUAGUGGGACUCUUCCAUAUCCCUAUAAUUUUUGUGUAACUUUGGAUUCCACUGAAAAUGAUUUUACCCUUAUUAAACCAAAUCAGACUGCCCCUGUGAAGAAUCUUAUUGACACAGAUGACUCAGAUCUCAGAAAUGAAGCCUUAAAAAACACUUUGUCUCCAGACAUACCUAAUGAGAAACAAAGGUUGGAAUCACUUGCAAUAAUGUUUUCUGAGGAGGAAUAUUAUCAAAAUUUGCUCUUAAAAUAA